GACAGGAUGUGAGCCCCUUUAACCUGUAAUGCCGUGGCUGGCCCUUGGCCCCUAUCUUGCCAUGGACAACCAGGUGCUGGUGAUUCGCAUCAAGAUUCCAAAUAGUGGCGCGGUGGACUGGACAGUGCACUCCGGGCCUCAGUUACUCUUCAGAGAUGUGCUGGAUGUGAUAGGCCAGGUUUUGCCUGAAGCCACAACUACAGCAUUUGAAUAUGAAGAUGAAGAUGGUGAUAGAAUUACUGUGAGAAGUGAUGAAGAAAUGAAGGCAAUGCUGUCAUAUUAUUAUUCCACGGUAAUGGAACAGCAAGUAAAUGGACAGUUAAUAGAGCCUUUGCAGAUAUUUCCAAGAGCCUGCAAGCCUCCUGGGGAACGGAACAUACAUGGCCUGAAGGUGAAUACCCGGGCCGGACCCUCACAACACAGUAGCCCAGCAGUCUUGGAUUCACUUCCAAGCAAUAGCUUAAAGAAGUCUUCUGCCGAACUAAAAAAAAUAUUAGCCAAUGGCCAGAUGAAUGAACAAGACAUACGAUAUCAAGACACCCUUGGUCAUGGCAACGGAGGCACUGUCUACAAGGCAUAUCAUGUCCCAAGUGGGAAAAUACUAGCAGUAAAGGUUAUACUAUUAGAUAUUACACUGGAACUUCAGAAGCAAAUUAUGUCUGAAUUGGAGAUUCUUUACAAGUGUGAUUCAUCAUAUAUCAUAGGAUUUUAUGGGGCAUUUUUUGUAGAAAACAGAAUUUCCAUUUGUACAGAAUUCAUGGAUGGGGGAUCUUUGGAUGUAUAUAAGAAAAUUCCAGAACACGUCCUUGGAAGAAUUGCAGUAGCAGUUGUUAAUGGCCUUACCUAUUUGUGGAGUCUAAAGAUUUUACACAGAGAGAAUGAAAUUUCGAAAAGCAAGCACAAGCCAGAUAUGGUGGUGCACGCCUAUAAUCCCAGCACUCGGGAGGCUGAAGCAGGAGAAUCACUACAAGUUCAAGACCAGCCUGGGCUACAAAAUGUGAAGCCUUCCAAUAUGCUUGUAAACACAAGAGGACAAGUCAAGCUAUGUGAUUUUGGCGUAAGCACUCAACUGGUGAAUUCUAUAGCCAAGACGUAUGUUGGAACAAAUGCUUAUAUGGCGCCUGAAAGAAUUUCAGGAGAACAGUAUGGAAUUCAUUCUGAUGUCUGGAGCUUAGGAAUCUCUUUCAUGGAGCUUGCUCUUGGGAGGUUCCCAUAUCCUCAGUUAAAGUCUUAGAUAAGUGGAAGAGGAACAGUUCAAGUUGUUAGUCCCGCUUUUCAAAUGUUGAAUCUCAGAGUAGAUGGGAGUGAACCAGAGACUCUGGAGGGUCGGAAGAGAUCUCAGACAUCAUCCAAUAACUUCUGUGCAGCAUUUCCCAAAAGCAGACCUCCAUGCUGUUUGAAUACCUCUAGUAAGAAGAAACUCAUUAAUAAAGCAAUGGCAAGAUCAAAGUAGUGUUCUAUUUACCAGGUUGAGGACUACUUCCUAAUUAUCAUCCACUAGUCCUAGAACACAGAAAAGCCCUUCAUGUAUCAUAAAGAUCAUGGUGUUAGAUCCUCUGUACCUGGGCUGGGGAUAGGGUUGUGAAUUGGUGCUGCCACCCAAGGUCAAAGCAGAGAGUCAGACCUGGAUCUCUUCACUAGUGGUAAGUUGAGAAAAGUGGCCCAUAGGGAAGAGUUCAGAACCGGAAGAGAGACAAGAGAAUUAGAAUCCAGCUCUAGCACAAAUCCUCAGUCUUGCUUUGUAACUCUUUGAGGCAUUGGUUGCCUUGUUUCUAAAACAGCGUACUUAGCUCUCACUCUCCUAUCUCAUUAGAGGCAAUGUGCUGAUCAAAUAAUAGAUAUGAAACCACCCAGAAAAUCACAAAGGGCCACCCCACCUCCCCUGAUGUGGAGCUGAGGCACAGAACAGAAAGUCAGCCAUCCCUGGAAGAUUGUGAAAGGAUGUUCAUAGCCACCUACUGCCCCUCCACCCCAGGUGCUGAAGGCAUAAGGUGCAAGGAGGGGAGCUGAGAGGAAGGACUGUCCUGGAGGCAUCCCCCAGCCCAGCAUCGGUGCCCCUGACAGAUCUUUAGCAGCCCCUCUCCCCUUGAUGACACCAUGUGUAUCCGUGAAGCUACAGAUGAGGGAGGGGUAUUGGGACGAUAUCAGGGAGAGUCAGUGGCCUGGAACCAACGUGAAGACCAAGGGGCUGGGCUUUCUUGAGAGCAUGGUUAUAUGAGUUUCACUGUUUGUUGCUUGAAAGCACUGAGUUUUCUCUAGGCCAGGAUUGGCAAACCUUUUAGAGCUUUCCAUCAUACAAAUACCCCACCGUGGCAUACAUGCCAUAGUUUCAUCACCACUGGUCCAGGCCUUAGGGUGGCAGAGCCUCAUUGGUGUGCAGUUUGGGACUCUGUAGGAAAAAGGGUUAGGGUCUACUCUGAAUGCACAGUCUUAUUACUGUGGCGUACAGGAACAAUGACGUCUCAAAUUGAUGCAUCGCCAUGGAGCUCCUGAGCAUUCCUGUGUCUUUCCCAAGCUGUUCAUCCCACCUACAAGGACUUACUGUGUCUUGAGUAAGCCUUCAGGGGCAAAGGUGAAGCCCCUUGCCUUUGGGAUGGGUGCAAGGGCUGCUUUGUGGGCUGUAACAGGGUCUGCUGUUCAUAUCUUUGCUGUCUUCCUCCUCAGCCCCACCAGACCUUUGCCUCCUCUGCGCUUGGAUGGCCUGGUGUGUAGAUGCCAAAUAUCAAAGGAUUGUGCCAUUGUAGACAAUGGCAAGGCCAUUCCUUAGAGCCCUUUGCUUUUCUUACUCUGUAUGUAAGAAAAGGAUAGGGGUAUCCAGAGGGCCUUAGAUCCUUCACCAAUCCCAGUGUCAUUAAAUUCCGGGUGCCCACAGAGUAUUCUGCAAUAGGAUAAUGAGAAAUUGCUUUUAAACACCUUACAUAGAAAAAGUCUCAAUUUCUUGAACAAUUUAGCUUUAAUAACAACCUAGAAAGAUGGGCAGGUCUGGAUGAGGGUAGAGGUUGUGUAUAGUUAAUCAUGUAGAUCCAAAUUUAGUUGGCUUAAAAGACAAGAUAGUGGGCAAUGGUUUGUUUAAUGACACCAUAAUUUAGGAGACACGAGAAGGAUUGCCUGCUAAAAAUCAUCAUUCAAACUUUACAGUGGUGCCUUGCAUUAGGCCAAUAGCAAAUCCAUUGAGGCAACUUCUCAGGGGACAUGUCCAGUGUGACACUGGGAAAUUUGGUAAGCAAGGUGCCACAGGAAAGCAAGGCUAACACAGACACAAAUGUAUUUAAAGUACUUUUGCAUGUAUAAAAAUAUCUUCUUUUGGCUACAAUUCCUGAUCUUGGUUAAUAAAUUACAUCAAAAUGACCUGAAGUUUAAAAAAAAGAAGGGGAAAAAAAUCUGAGCAAAUAGUGCCCCUGGUAUUGUAAAGCUUUGAAUGUUUUCACACCCCAUUAAUUUAUUACUUCUCUUUCUUCAUCUUUAAAUUUCAUUUUUUUUUCAAAAAUUCCGACUCCCUGCUGCUGCAGUGAUUUUCAUCUUGUUGUUAAUUUUCCCUGCUCCAUAUGGAGCUCCAGACAUUUCACCUGGAGGCUGUACUAGAUUUUGCUAUAGUGAUCGUACUUCCGGAGGCCAAAACUAUCAUUUAGGGUUCCUGGUGCAUCUGUCUGUGCCAGGCUUUUCAUUGGCAUAGAAGAGUGUGAAUAACAAAUUGGAUGCACCUGAGAUUCAGAUGAUUAGUGUGUUUUGUGAAUCUCCACGACUUGUAAGCAGAUAGCGCUGGGGGGAGGGCAGGAGGGCCACACGGUGACUGUGGGAGAAUCCUUACUCACACCUUCCAUUUGGGGCUCUGCAAAGGGAGUGCGGACGUCCUAGGCAGCCCAAGUGCAGAGAGAGUAACAAAUAUUUCAUCCUGCCUUGUCAUUGAUUAGAAAAGAGCCUUUAAUUUCAUUUCACCCCAUGUUGUGAUUAAUUUGCAUUCUUUGUCAGAAGUUAAUGGAGUUUUUUAUGGUUCACUCUGAAAUCCUUGAAGACAUCAGACUUGAUCUGAUGUUUAUACAACCGCCAGCGGAAUUUUUUCAUUUGAUUGAUGGCAAGCUUGAUGUUAUUCCAAACGGCUUUUUAAGCUGUUUUUAAGAAUUAUUUGAAUAAAAUGCAAGGAAGAUAUUGUUGUAAUGAUCAAGAUUAUCUGUUAAAAAUCUGUUUCAAAUAAAGAAGAUAAUAAGUAGUAAAAAAGAUCAAAAAGAUAAGAGAAAUAGUGAAUAGUGAUGUUAUUUGUUAAAAAUAUAUAAGAAUGGCAGUCAAAUAAGUACUGCACUCUAGAGAAGAUCACUUUCAUUGAAAAAAAUAUGCCAUCAUCUUGCCAAGUAGAACAAUUAAGGCCUAAGUAAAAGGAAAGUAUGGAAUCUUAGGAACUAGAAACCCUGACUACCAAAUGGUGGAGUCUCAUUUAUUCUGCUAGCUUUUGCCACCUGUGUAUGAGAACUAGAUAUCUACCAUUCUUAAUUCAAGGAUAUGGGGCUGUCGGGGUUGUUAACUGAGCAAAAUGAUGACAUAUUACUUGUCCCCCCAAAAAGGCAUUCUUAAACCCUACACAAGUUAAAUAUAAGUAGAGAACAGAAGUGUGAGCGUAGCAUUCCUGAUGGUAUAGUGACUGGUCUUUUUCAUGAAGUAAUACAGAGCUGGAAACAUUCUACCAUUAAGCACAAGCCACCUGGCUGUUUCUGAGUAAGAGAAGUGUACAUUCACCCCUGUAUGCCAUACAUAGAGGACACGAGGAGUUCUAGAUGGCACUUGCUUCAGAAUCCUGCUACUAACCAAGGAAAUAAGUUUUGCCGAUGUUUUUUGAUCACUAAUACCAUUCAUUUGAUUUGGGCGCUUUUGUUUGCUUCAGCAGAAUCUGUGCUGCUCAUGAGACUUAGUCAUAGGUCAGAAAGGUACUUAUCUGAGCACUUCCAUUUAAAACAGGUUAAUUUAUUUGCUGUAUCUGAAAGCUUGCUAAAUAAUUGGGUGGUUUUAAUUGAAGUUACUGCUUUCUGAUCCUUGCAUUAACAUGAUCUAAGGUCUUUUUUUAUCAUAUGCAAUCCAUAUUAUUGACCAGAUUUGCCCUGUUUUCAUUUAAAUGUAAGCAGCUUGUCAAGGGGAAAAUAUUUUGUUUAACUUGGCUUGGAAGCCUGCAAUUUGAAUGUGUGGGUUUUGUUUUUUGAUUUUUCUAAUUGACAGACUGUCCUUUAAACAUUCAUUUAUUUUGUACUAAUAAGUUAUUCGCUGGCCAGAAUAUUUGUUUUACUCUAACCAGAAUGUAAAUCUGAUAUUCUUAAAACUAUUUAAAAUCAUUUUUCAGAUUCUAAUGUAAAAAUGCUGGCAUUUUUACACUUAAAUUUUAUUCAUGUUUUAAAAAACUUUACAAGUGUAUUGUUAUAAUUCUAACUUCAGUACUGUUUUAACUUUGAUAUUGAAUUCAGACUGUAGUAAUAUACUAAUCAUGCCUAGAAUUGCAAAAUACCUAAUAAAUUUGCCCAUUGAAAAAAGAUAUUUAGAAAUUGUCCUUUGUUGCAUGAACUUUCUGAAGUUCACAACAUCAAGGAUUUAUGUAAAUUUUACAUAUCCAGUGUUUUGUGUGAGGUCUGUAACAAAGGAAAAGAAGCAGUGAAUAAUUGCCCCAAGUCCUUGGCAUUUGGCUUUAAUUGGCCAACAACAUAUACUUGCAAUUUUUUACCCAGAUUUCUAGCCUAAAUGUCUCAUUCAUUACUUAUAUUUAUCCGCUCUAUGUAAGAUAUGAAUACUUAAAAUGUACCAAUAUUUCUUCUUAAUUUACUUUGUUUUUUAUUGCGGUGUUUUGGUACCAGGGAUUGAACCAUGACUUCAUGUGUAUAAAUACUGUACUACUGAGCUUAAGUUCCAAGCCCUGCUACUGAUAUUCCAAGCCAGAAAAUCAGAUUUAUGUUCCAUAAAGGCAGGGUUAAAUUUAAGUAAUAUGAAGAUGUUCAUUCGUAUAACCAGGAAUUUUUUUUUUUUUUUAUCGGUACUGGGGAUCGAACUCAUGACCGCCUGCUUGCAAGGCAGGUGCUUAUGCCGCUGAGCUAAAUCCCCAGCCCCCACCCAGGAAUUUUUUAAUUGCUAGUACCAAAUUCUACUCCCAAUAUCCACGUCAACUUAUCUGAAGGUCUCAUCAUUUUAUUUGCUCAACCUCUGCCAAAAACAUGAAGUGAGUGCCUAGUUUCUCCUUAAAACACAGCAGGAAUGGAAGAGAAAUUAGCUAUACCCAAAGCAUAAGUAGCACAAAAGUCUAACUUCCAUUAAAGAUAAGUAACUCACCUGUGUUUCAGAGCACCAUAUAUGUACACAGCCAGCCAGAGUAGUAAAACCUGUCUUGAAGUAUCAACUCCAAGUUGCUUUGGUAGUAUAGCCUAUCUAAAGUAAACUACUGUAUGCCAUACAUCUCAACUUAAUUCAGUAUUUCUUUGUUGUUGGCCCCUGCUCUGAGCCCGGUACUGUGCAGAACCCUAGAGCACAGGAUGGAACAGGCAAGUCCUUCCUGAGAGUUCAAUCUAGCAGGAAGAAAAACACAAAACCAACAAAUGGCAGUUGAUGAGAAGGCACCUCCAGGAGCUAGAACACUGGCCUCUGCUGAGGGGGAGAGUGGUCAGCUCACAUUGGGAUGCCAAGGUGUCACUGGCUAGCAGCAUGCAGAAGAAGGGUCUAGACCAGCAACAGCAGCCCUUUUAGAGAUAAGUACCCAACUGCAACCCGUAAGCCACUUAAUUGUCAAAAGGUACCAACACUGCAGUUAAACCUGAUCCUUGGCUACUGAGGUGAUGCCAGGGUGAUUUGGCUCAAGUGCCCGACAGCCACUGGUCUAGGUUCUCACAUCAAAAAUUGGUAAAACUGGAAAGAGGUGAAGGUCUGAAACACGAGAUUGUGUUUGGCAUCCUGUUAGUACUUUCACCUUCCCCAACAGUCUAGCAGUUUCCCUAGGCGACUUUUCAGGCAGCACCAUCGGGAAUAAGAAAAGGGAGAGCAAAAUGAGAGAGAAGGAAAGAAGUAUGUUAGCAUGGAGGAGGCACAUGUAGCAGAGACCAGAUAAAAAAAACAUGUUAGAGGGUUUCAUGAUGCCCUUUGGAAUGGCUGGAUACCAGCCGAGGAUGAUAAGUCCUUGGGGUUCAAGGUCCCUGCCCCAAGGGAACUUGGCCCAGGCCUCUCAGGCUGCCCUGCCACCCUAUGAAUUCAGCCUGGCACAGCCUCGGACAUUUUCUAGACUGCUGGAGAGGCAUUGUCAUGAUCAAAUGAGCCAACACCUAAGAAGGCACUUUGAAAAAUACAAGGUAGUAAACAAGAGCAAGGUAAUAGUAGUAUUAUUUAUAUUUCCAGAAAGCACUUCAGGGAUUUACCUAUGUAAGCCUGAAAAUAUAUGACUGUGUCUCAUGACAGGUAGGACUAAAAUGAAUUACUUGUCUGAUCCCACAAGAGCCUUCCUUUACAGUCCUUUCGUCGUCGUCGUUAUAAUUUAUCAUUCACAAUCAUACCAUACAGAAUUAUAUACAGAAUCUAGUCAUUUUUAGUACAGGAACUGGGGACUAAACUUAUAAUUUUAUAGAUUUUAAAUAAUCAGCAUAGCACAGAAGUAGGAUUGAAGUUCAGAGAUUUAAUGAACUUGGCAUACAGUCUGGCUUCCUGGGGUCAACUCUGCCAUCUUCUGUCCCUCCUGGAUCUGUGAUCCAGAGCUCUCCUGCUCCCCUAGGACAUAGUUUUAUUGGUUCAGUCAGUUUCCUCCUGAAGUCCUGGAAUCCCAGGAUGUAAAGAAGGGUUUUACAAUGAUCUGAUACAGCUCUUUCUUUACAGAGAAAGAAGUGGGAGUCCACAGCCAUUGAGUCGCACAAUUAUUCAGUGGCAAGGUCAGACCAACUCCCAUUCCCUGUUCAGUGGUCUUCUCUCCCUAGUGGAUGAUGUGAGGAGAAGAUGACAUGAGGCACCCAGAAGCUCUGAGCCCCAGUGACAGUCCCUAUUUUAUAUACCAUCUGCUCAGGUACUGCCUCCAACUGGUGUCUACAAACAUAGCAAUUACUGCUCCAGGCUGCACUGUCCCUGCUAGGUAAUAGCCAGCUGGCUGUGGAUCCUAAGGAAGACAGUGAUCCUCAAAAGCAAGAGUAGCAAUAGCAACAAACACAUCAACUUUAUUUUUUUAAUUUUAUUUGAGGAGAAAAAGAAAAAAAAGCAAAAAAAAGGGUACAAGUUAUACAGAAUUUCAGAAAAAAAAACAGGAAAUCACUAGUUAAUGGAUUACAUAUUGUCAUCUUAGAAAUAUUUGUUCAAGUUACAAAAUUAAAGCUUAUAAAGUGGACAUUCAAACAGUGAGACUGCAAACAGUUCUGUUCAGUGAUCCCACAAAACUCUGUAAUGUCAUUGUCUAUCUUAUACACUUAAAUAUACAUGCAGUUAUAUCGUUUAGAGCACUUUCUUUUCCUCUCUUUUGUACAAUGACUAUUACACAUUUUGGGUUUUAUUGUUCCCACAGUUCUUAUUACUUUUUUGGAAGAGAAUAAAACCAAAUGUGACAUAACAGAACAGAGUCAGUCAAAUCAAAAGGGUGGACAUAGUACAUAAUGUAAAAGCAUAAUACAAGGUGAUCAACAAUGGUUACCAUAAUGCCUCCCGCUAUCGCUAAUAGAAUUGCCUAUAUCAUCAGUUAUACUAAAAUUGAACAAAACAGUAAAGAACAAAACCAAAACAUUGGAGACAUUACAGGUCUUCAAAAGUAGGUAAUAGUCAACCAGAAUGGGCCACUAUCUUCACAGCUGUUGCCUAAACUUUCGAACCUGGUACUAUCAAGCAAAAUAGAAUAGAGGAACAUCAGUCAAAACAAGAUGGUGAGAGCAAUACAGGGCUUCAAAUCAAGUUAAUAGACAGUCAAAGUGGGUUACUAUAAUAUAUCCUGCUAUUUUUUAUUUAUUUUUCCCAUAAUUAAAAGGAUAAAUAUAAAAAAGUAAAUAAUAAAAUGGAGAUUGAGAUAAAAGAGGGCAUAACAACAAAACAGCACAGAUCAAAACAUAACCAUUUAAGCAAAAUAGUGUUUCACCACAAGAUAAUCCCGACAUAAAAGUAGUUACCAUAUUGUCUCUUUCCUUGAAAUCUUUGAGUAUAACUUCAUAUACUGUAGCAUCAAAUAUAUCAAAACAAUGUAAAACCAUUUAAGAGAAUGACAGUAUUACAGGGUAUUUAGAAUCAACUAACAGAAAAUGAACAAUGGUUUCUGUAAAUCUCCUUGUCUAUAAAAGUUUUUGUUUAUACUAUCACAUAUAAUAAAAUCCAGUAAGAUACAACAUGUUAAGACCAAUGGAGACAGAAGAACAAAAGCUUGAUGAGACUUCAAAACAAGAUGAUACUAAAUCAGCAUUACCUAUUAUGAUGUCAUUUUCUCCAAAAUGGCUGUUCUUAUCAUCCAAUCUUCUCUGCCUCAUUUCUGUUGAGCUCUUUUUCUGUCAUUAGUUGUCAGUUUGUCUUCUUCAUUUUGUUUUCUGCUCCAUUCAUUGUGGCCUCUCUGCCACUAUUUCUGGAUUCUUCAUAUUUUUCUUUUGUAGAAUAUCCUGCGUAUUCUCUGUAGAGUUGAAUUAGUGGUUGCAUAUUCCCCUAGUUCCUCUUUAUCUUGGAAGUACCUUGUUUUUCCAUCAAUUUCCAGGGAUAGUUAUGCAGGAUAUAUCAAUCUUGGCUGGAGGUUAUUAUCUUUCAAAGCUGGAAUUAUUUCCCCCCACACUCUUCGUGAUUUGAUGGUUUGUGCCAAGAAGUCUGCUGUAAUUCUGAUGGGUGUUCCCUUGUAAAUGAUCUGUUUCUUGUCUCUGACGGCUUUUAAUAUUCUAUUCUUAUAUUGGAUUUCUGGUAUUUUGAUUAUUAUAUGCUUGGGUGUAGCUCUGUUUGGGUUGUAGGUGGCUGGGGUCCUGUAUGCUUCAUAUAUCUUUACCUUUUUCUAAAUUAGGAAAAUUCUCCUGGAUUAUUUCCGUGAGUAGCUUUUGUAGUUCAUUUGUUUGUGUCCCUACUUCUUUUUUUGUUCUUAAUUCUUAAGUUACAGAUCCUCUUGUCAUCUUCUAGUCUUUGUAUUAUUGCUGUUUGUUUCUUUGUUAUUUUUAAGAAGUUUUUCAUUUCAUGCUCCCAUAUUACAAAUCUGCCCUCCAGUUCAGAUAAUCUGUCCUUAGUUUCUUUCAAGCUGUUAUGCCAGUUUUCGAUAGAGUUUUUAGUUUCCUGGUAAUCUCUUUGAACCUGCUUCACGUAUUCUGUGCUUUCUCUAUUUUCUCCAUCAAACAAUUCUCCCCUCUUUUUCUGUUCUUCCAUUCCACCAUGUGUUUUUUCUUGGGUGGUGCUUAGCAUUUCUCUAACUAUUCUGCUUAUGUCUAGCUUCAGGUCAUUAAUAACUUCAUUCCUGAGCUCAUCUAUGAGGCUCUGGAGACAGCGCUUUAUAUCUAUUAGUGCUGUGUUUGCUAUUGCCUAUUUCUCGGGAUUUGGGGCCGAGGAGCCUAUCUUGUUGCUCCCUCUUCCCAUAUUCUUUGUUCCUUAUAUAUGCAAGUGUAUAUAGGAGGCCCAGCUUCCUUCCCUGUCAGCCACAGUCUAAUUGAAUUGUGUCGGCUAGGUAUUUCCGCCCACCGCAGGAGGAAGUGCACCAGGAAGUUGCAGACCAGGCAGUCUAUGCGGGUCCGCCCCUCCAGGUCAACCUACCAAGGGCUUCAUCGCUAGGGUGCACCUUCAGGCACUGGGACCUGGGUUGAAACACAUCAACUUUUACUGUACUCCAGUGCUUUAUCUUUUACCAUCCAGCAUAGGAAACUUGUGUGUAGAUUUGGGACUGGUGAAUCAUUGACAUCUGACUUAAAGGGGCAGACCUGAUAGAGCUUUGUUUGAGCAAAUAUUACCUUUUAGAUGUUUUAACAAUUCUGGAUUAAUGCCUGGAGGGCUUGGGAAUUCUUCCUCAACUAAAAUGUUAGUGUUGCUAAAAACCCAACCUUCUUCACUGCCAAUAAACAAGCUAAGUUCAUUGAAAAAUCAAUGAGUUGCCUAACAGGAGCAAAGUGCUUGAUACAGUUUAGCACUGGAGAUUGCCAGAACACACCAAGCAGAAAAAAGGUCCCAGGCUCCUCUAGGAGCCAGGAAGGGGGCAGCUUGUUUACAGAGGCAAGGUGUUAUCUCCAAGGGAUUAUGGGAAACCAGGGCAGCCAAUUAGAGCCAAGUGUGGACCCUGUACGUCUGAACAGGUCAAUGGAUGGUGAUCACGGUGGUGCAAAGGAAAGAAAAGCUUUAGAUGAAUCACCUUGUCAGGGGGUGAGUAAAGCUGCAGGCCCUGAGGAAGACAGACCAGAGUGGUCCAUGCAGCUUGUCUUGUUUCAUUUUGUUUUCAGAAAGAGGUUGCAGCAAGCAUGAAGAAAUCUUGACCUGGCUCUAGUUGUAGUUUGAUAAAAUUCUGUAAAUAACACAGAGUUCCUGGCCGGAGGCCUCCCUCCAGCCUAGGCUGCCCUUUGGGCAGCUCUCUGCCUCCUUGGUAGCCUCCCUCCAGCCUAGGCUGCCCUUUGGGCAGCUCUCUGCCUCCUUGGUAGCCAGGCAGCCAGAAGCAUUUAGUGACUCAGGCCAAAAGAACCAGAAGGGCAAAUGGCGCACCUAACAGGUGACACUGUAAGUCAUUGACCUGUAUGGUUUCUAUCUGUACAGCGCCCAGAGUGCUAACCCAGGUUAUUGUCCUGACUUUUCUUAUAGCCUGAGCCUGUGUAUCCAGCAGGUGACAAAAGUGUCCUAGAUCCAUGACCUGCAGAACUCUGGGAGAUGGGAAUCCACCCUGCCCACAGCUAAGCAUGUGUGCAUUCAUGGAUAUACACACAGAACACCUCUGCUUUCAUCUGGGCAUUUUUUAAUGGACCUAUAUGACUGCUCAUUGAAACUGUGGUUUAUUCAGUGAGUAGGAUCUGAAGCAUGCUGAGCCAUUUACCUGAAUUCUCCCUUGGAGUUUAUUAAAACCUGAUUUACUUCUAUCAGAAUCUGAAAAGACUAAACCAAAACUCUGAAACAAGAGUCAGAUUUUAUCUAGUUCAUUCUGGAUCCGUGACUUCCUUUCUUUAAGCCUAUGUUUAGUUCAUUUACAGUCCAGCCAGUAAAGCACAUGUGAAUUAACAAGGUUCUGUGUGACUGUAUUUAAGAUCAUCCCUUCCAGGGGCUGGGAAUUUAGCUCAGCAGCAUAAGUGCCUGCCUUGCAAGCAGGCAGUCGUGAGUUCAAUCCCGGGUACCAAUAAAAAGGAAAAAGGCAAAAAAAAAAAAAAAAAAAAAAAAAGAUCAUCCCUUCCUCGUCCUAUGUGAACUGUGGACUGGCUGCAGUUGCAGCUUGUCUCAGGCUCUCAGCAUGCCAAACAGUGUUGUCAAAUACAGAGUGGUGGUUUAAAGGAAACACACACAUACACGCACAAAAAAAAAAAAAAGAAUACUUAGAGCUUGGGCCCAGGAAACAAGUUUUCUUGCAGUGCCUAGAAAUGUUGCUUGAGGGAUAGGGCCGGAGGAAAAUGUUUCAGAAAUCUGUGGAGCCCAAGGGAAGGAAGCACCCAUCCAGAGGCUGUAUUUUGUCCAAAUCCUCUGAGGCAUAAGGAAGAAUGCAAGCCCUGUGCUUUGGUCACAGCUCUGCUACUGAAUUGCAGAUUUUAAAGAAGGCAUUCGUAGCUGGGUGUGGUGGCGCACACCUGUAAUCCCAGCACUCAGAAGACUGAGGCAGGAGGAUCAUUGCAAGUUUGAGACCAGUUUGUGUUACAAAGUAAGCUCAAGAUCAGCCUGAACUGCAUAGUGAAACCUUGUCUCAAAAAAAGACCAAAAAAAAAAAAAAAAAAAAAGGUAUUCAUUUUUCAUAGACCAGCAAUUUUAUCUAUCUUUAUGGGUUCUAGAAUCAAGUACAGCCACAGCAUAAGCACCUGAUAAACAUACAUGGAAUUUGUGAACCCUGUUUUUGACUCGCAUUGACUUUUUUACAUAUUGGCAAAGCAAAUUUUGCAAUGAGGAGAAAUCCAAGGGCUUUCAGUUUAUAGUUUCAUCCCUUUUCUUCUAUGACCUGUGCUCCCAACUCUGCCCAGCCAGCAUUACCACUUAAAUGAUAAGCUCUUCACAGGAAGUCUGGCGGCUCUGGAGUGUCAGCAGGAUAGGCUGGAACAAGGAUGGAGGCUUCCUUUCAUCUGGUGAACUCAGACCAUCACAUGGGUGCAAUGGAGAAAGCAUAGCAGGAUCUGGGAAGCAAGAAACUGGGUUGCAUGCAAAACCCUAGAGAUCCUUUCAGACGCCAGAGCCUCUGAUCCUCCUCCACUGUGGGACAGGCCUCUCCUCGGCCUACCAAACAAAAGGCUGAUGCAGUCUCUGCCUGUAUGCAGAGGAGAGAACAGAUAGCUGCGUUCCACAGCCACUUUAUUCAGCCACAGGUUUUGACUCUUGAACGUUGUGUCAGCAGGAGACACAUAAAGAAAUAGAAGAGCACGUAAAAGCAAAAUUAAUUUGUCAGUGUUUUCUUUUUCUCUGUUUUCUCAUAGUUGAGCCCAGCUGUGCAAUGCACAUUUAACCUCUGAGUUUCUGCCUUUAGUGAUCAAGGUGGCUGCAGCCAAUCAGCGCAAAAGUGUGACCCCCCCCCAAAAGUGGGGUAGGUGAGGAUCAUACAGUGCUCCCCACUAACCCACAUUUUUGUUUUUGCAGUUUUGGUAACCUGCCUAGUUCAAGUAGGGUCCAAAAAUAUUAACUGGAAAAUUCCAAAAAAAAAAUAAGUUUUAAAUUGUCCACCAGUAUGAGUAGCUUGAGAAAACCUCAUGCCAAUCCCUUUGUCCAGUGUAUAUGUAUGUGUUGUAUAUAUUCCCUGCCCAUUAGUCACAGAGUAACUAGGUUAUCAAAUCACUUGUCUUGGUAUCACAUACUGUGUUCAGGUAACUCGUAUUUUACUUAAUCAUAGCCCCAAAGUACACAGUUAGUGAUGCCAGUGAUUCAGAUAUGUUAAGAAGAAGCCAUAAAAUGCUUUCUUUGAGUGAAAAAGGUGAAAGUUGAUCAUGGAUAUAUAAAUGCAGGAUAAAUGCUUGUAAAAUCAGUCAGCACUAUCAAAGUUUCAGGCAUCCACUAGGGGCUUGGAACCUAGCCCCAUGGCUAAGGGGAGGUGACUACUAUACGUGCAUGGUCGCAUGUCCCGAGGAAGGUGACUACAGUGCUGGAGAAUGUGAAACCAUGCCACACCCUAUACCUGUGUGGGAAAUCACCUGCCCAGGAAGCAUGCGGCUGAUUGUAUGUGGGGAAUGUCGUUGGAGUGUCUGUACUAGAGCGAAGAACAGAGGGCAUCUAAAAUAACACCUGAUCAUAAGGAGGAAAGCAGGGGUGCUUGUUCAGGGAAGAAGACAAUGAAAAGUUAUGACAGCUAUCUUCAAAUAAUAAAGAGCUGACAUUGGAUAUAUUCAUCACAGCUCCAAAGUCCCAGGCACAUCUUAUGGGAAGUACAUUUAGAUUUAAAGUAAUAAAGGACUUGCAAGCAAUAUAAACUUUCCAAAAUGGAAUCACUGGAAUUCCAUUGUUGGAAGUCUUCCAACAAAGACAUGGUGCCUGUCAAGAAUAUUAUAAAGCAAACUUCUCCCUUGGGCAAGGUGGACUGGGGAUUCCAGCAUCACUCAGGCUUCUGUGGCAUGGGGAGCACUGAAGCUGGGAUGCAAACUAAAUGAUCUCGAAGCCCUUCUGGACACAGGGUUGCUUUAAAUUUUUGUUGUAGCAGAUUGAUUGGACCAUAAAGGACAGAGUAGUCCACAAGCCUCCUUCAUCACCACCCCUUCUCCACCUCCACACACACAAUCGAUUUUCUUACAUUGGAUUCUAACAUAAGAUCACCCUUCUUGGGAACAAAAGAAAAAAAGAAAUAUUUGACACAGCAAAUAUCUAAAAUCUUGAAAAGAAAAGUGUCCAGCCUUAUACCAUUGGUAAAAAGAUUAAUUUUGUAAUUCACAUUGAUUACUUUGAAUUGCAAUUCUGAGUCCCUACUUUUCUCACAAAAUGAAAGCGUAUAUUUCCCCAGAGGAGGAUUUACAGUGGCACUAGUACACGCAUGUGGGGCAGAAUAUGAACUUUAUCAAUUUUAAAAACAGGAAAGGUAAAGGAGCACAGACUGGCAAGCUGGUCCUUUUUCCCCCACUCACGACUGGCAGACCCAGCAAAUGAGUAAUGUUGCACCACACCUUGAUGCUCCAGCUGUUGUAUUUUGUGUGAAAAUGCAUCGUCCUUGAUACUCGGGAAGCAGUGGAAGCCAAGUGAUCUAAUUUAUGGCUGUGAUGAUUUUCUGUCAGGUCCUAUCUGAGCUACGCCCUCCUCUGGGCAUCUUAGAGCCUUUCCAUUCUACCCAGCUGUUUUCUAAAUUCAGGAUUUUUAUUUCUUGCUUUUCAAAACUGGUCACUCCUGCAUACAGCGUGCCAGCUGGAGUCUGAGGUGUGACCAGAGAGGGGCCGCCCAUGAGUGGGAAUCUGAGAGUUUUUUACAGUCUGUUCAGUAGCUGCCAGCUGUCCUCUUACUACCUGCCUCUGUUUUUUAUUCUGUAUAAGACAGACUCCGUGGCAAGCAAGAAGUUGAAUAAGGGCAGAGGUCAAUUGACGGGGCCAGGAUAAGGCAUGCGAGUUCUACUUGUGCAUAUUACUAGAAAUAUAAUGUGUCAUGCAGCAUUCAGUGAAAACACCACCUGGGCUGGGGAUUUAGCUCAGUGGCUUAAGUGCCUGCCUGGCAAGCGCAAGGUCAUGAGUUCAAUCCCCGGUACCAAAAAAAAAAAAAAAAAGAAAACACUACUUAUCAACAUUCCCAUCUGUUGUUAGGCAGGAUAAAUUUAAACCUGUUCCUUUUUUAAUAAAACAAUCAUUUGGAAACUCUGAGGUUCAUGGCCCAAGGCAUUGGGUUUAAAGUUUGUGGAAGUGAUUUUCCUCCCCUCUCAUCAGAGGCUUUUUCACUUGAAACCCUCUCUUUUGGCAAGUUAUAUAGGAUUGAAGGUAGAGCAUCCCUGUAUUUUAGCACCUAAUAUCAUAACCUUGUCUCCUUUAGUAGAAGAAGCAAGACUUCUGCGUGGGAGCCUCCAGACAUCAGGCUCCCCUGGCUGCUCAUCCCUUCACAUCACAGACCACAACCCUGACCACAACCCUGAGCCCCAGUAAAGGGAGGAGACAUCCCAGGCCACCAGGUCUGGCCAAUUCCUCAGGACAUGCAUCUUCCCCAGCACACAGCUUCCAGGGCCAGUGUCAAGCCAGGCUUUCUCUGUGCUUGGGCACUGGACCACUUUGAGCCUCGAUUGCCUUAAUGGCAAAGUCACUAAGGUGGAAACAGAGCAUCUCCAAGGUCCUUUCCAUUUGCAGAGUUCUUCAGGUCAUAAUUCUUCAUUUAAAACACAAAAGUCCCAGUUUACCAUAAUCCUCAUUUAUAUUUACCUAGAGGUAUAGCUUAAUACAUCAAAUUUAAAAAGAAAAUCUUUGCACCUAGCUACAGCUCCAAAAUUUGGAAAUUAAAAGGUAGGGGAUAGGGGAACAGAGCGUUCUAUAUUGAAAGCUAGAAUAUAAUGCCAGUAGUGCAACAAAUGAAAAUGAUACUCUUUUAAAAUUCCAACCAAAUGAUGUAAUUUUCUAUUGCCUUUUUCUGUUUAAGAGAAAAUAACACAAGCUUGAAAAGCAGUAAAUAUGUAAAGAGAAUAUUUGUCAACUGCUAUUGGAAGAUCUGACCUAGGUCACACAUAAAUCUCUCCGACAAGAGCUGCAGGGCAAGCCAUAAUUUCAGAGAGUAAAAGAGAAAAUGAAAGCUACCAUUGGUGUCUUCUCUAAGUUCCAUAGGUGGAUCUAUUUUAGUUUUCUGAUUAUGGCUCUGAAUGUAAUAUAACGGGACCAGUAGCAAGGUCUCUCUUACCACUGUGUGUAAAAAGGACUUCUAAGACAGGGAAGCAUAAAAUAAAAGCUCCACGAUUGCUUUUUAUCUCCAACACCACUGAACAAAUAGUUGAGACCCCACAAGCAAACUUGGCAUUGGCAAUUUCCCCUCUGGAAUCAUUUUCAAGAUUUGUCAUAUUAUAGAAGCUUCUAAAUGGCCCCCUGCACAGUCUUUGCAAAGAAAUAGAUGAUAGAUGUUAAUACAACAACAGAUCAAACUGGUGUUUAUAGCUGCUUUCAUGAAACCCUUCUUCCCUAUUUGAACACAGCAUAACUAUCCUAUUAGAGUGUCUUUAAAUCUUAUCUAUAACAGCUGAUGAAAGGAAAAAAAAAACUGUCCAUAGAAGAGGGGAGAGGUUCAUCUAAUUUGGGUAUCAAACACUACUUGUUCUAGAAACUGAUUAGCAAAAUGUACAUCUGGAGCAUUAUUUUCUGUUCAUUGCCCCAAAGUACUAGUUAGACAUGGAAACCACUCAAUGCAAGGAAAAUGUACAAGCAAGCAUGUGAACUUGGAGAAGUUAGCUAUAUACAGCGUUUCGUAUGUUGUAAGGUGCAGGCAAUAUCUCAGCCCUAACCACAGUACAGUGUUCCUCUGAACUCUGCUCUCACAGCCAGCUUUGGGAAGGCAGGCCCAGAAUAAAGAUAGGCAUUCAGGAAGCUAACAUGUUAUAUUGCAUACCCUUAGCACCACUUUUAAUGUGCAGUUAAACUGGAGGCUCCCCUUUUUCAUGAACUACGUGCAAACACAGAAGCAGUGACUGGAGGUUGACUUUGUUUGGAUCUGUUUUAUGGUUGCUAUAUCUGUACAGUAAUGUGAUCUUGAAAAAGGUAAACAACAAAGAGUUUAGCUGUGAAAAAUAUGCCUAAUAUAAAUACAGUCGACCACAUGGCAGUUCAGAAUUUAAAAAAUAUGACUGUGGCAUUAAAUUUUCCAGUGGAAUUAACAGAGGAACAGAGUAUAGCCUUUAAGGCAAUAUAUCUGAGACAGGGAAAAGAGCUAAUACAUCUAAUUCUAUGGUCUGUGUGGCAACCAUAUAAAGAAAAGCACAGUAGCUUUAUUUAAUUGAGAAAAUGAAUCAAUUACAAUGAUGUUAACAUCAUCAGAUUCUUGUGAAAUAGAAGGUAUAAGUCACAGCGUUGGGUAACAGUGUUAAAAAGUAAUUGAGUAUUUUAAGGGUUUUGAAUCAAUUUCAGGUACUGGCACUGCUACCUUAAUACAAAAUUUAUGAAGAUGGUUACAUGUAAUAUGUUGCUAUCAAAACUAUGUAAUAAAGCUUAGUAACAACAUCUCUCUUUAACAACUCAGACAAAACAGUGUAGUUAUAAGGUCACAAAAAGGACUGAUAUUGCUGUAUCUUUCUUGUAGUAAAGAGCAAAUGUUAAAAUAGUACAAUUUUAAGUUGUCUCGAAGUUAUUCUGCUUUUAACCUGCAGAACAGAGCAAGGUGGAGACCCUCUGUGAGACCUCAUUUCAUAAGGAAGUGUGACUCAUUCAGUCGGUUCACACUACUAAUGGUACUGGGGAACAAUCCAUUCCUAAAUUCAUUUCCAAACAUCUCUUAGAACUUUUGCCACAUGUUUCCCCCAGAGAUUUUAUAAAUCUCCCAGCUCUUGGAAAUUCGUGACAAAUAUGUUCCUUGAUGUCAAAAAUAGAUUUCUAAUUCUUUGCUCAUUACAAAUAACUCUCCCAUUAAAGAAGUUAUAUCACCAGGCAUGCUGGUGCACCCCUGUAAUCCCAGCACUCAGGAGGCUGAGGCAAGAGCAUCACCGUGAGUUCAAGGCCGGUCUGGGCUACAUAAGUGAGUUCAAGGCUGGCCUGCACUCCCUAACGAGACCCUGUCUCAAAAAAAAGAUGUAUCUGACAAAUACUGGAGGGGAUAGUGCCCACAUGUGUGUAGAAAGUGAAGGAGUAAAUGAAUGAAUGAGAGCAAACACCAUAGGUAGGUGUCUCAUCUCAUAGAAGUUACCUGUCAAGGCCUUUGUAAAGGUGGUAUGGCUUAUUACUAUAUCCCUUUACCACUUAAGGUGGUAAGCAGCUCUGCCUCCCCGCAUGUUAUGAAUCAUCACCUGCAGAGCCUUGUCUGAGAGUUUCAUUGACUGUAGGAGUCAAGCUAUUCAGGGCAACAUAAAGUAGGAAUUUUAUCAGUGUUGACCAAGAGUCAGCCAUAGAGGAGACCAUGAGUGAGCAGUGUGUGCAGCUGGGACUUUAAGAACAUCCAAGCACUAUGUGGAAGGGUUUGCUUCUUAGCCAGAUGGUUGUAAAAGAAAUGCUCACAUGUUCCAGACCAACUCACCAAGAUUGAUCAUUUAGCAACCAUACCAUGCCAGGCAUCAAUGUGGGUGAAUCCUGUUGUUUUAAGUGUUGUGCUGAUCAUGAGCAAGGAGGUAUAGAUGCCAGAGGAGCCCAGAACCACCAAGACUAGCCUUGCCCUCACCUACCCCAUCCUCUGAGAUGCUUGGUUUUCCCAUCACAAAAUACAGAGGCAUCCCCAAGUACCUCUGGACGGUUAUGCAUAUCAGAUGACAGUAUGUGUGGGAAAGAACUUAUAAAAAAGCCAUUAAAAAUAUAAAAGAGACUAGUGCAGGUGUCCCUGUGUUUUAUCAGCUGGUUAGAGCUCAUGUGUCCCAGGAAAUAAUUGGCUCAUCAAUAGUAAUAUUUAGUUCCUAAAGAUUUCCUACUUAGAACAUCAAGUAAUGGAGACUGCAUCUUCACUGAAUGGGUAAUAACUGUAGACAUUUGGGGGAAGGAUUACAGUGUUCAAUAUUUUAAGUACUAAAUUGAUGGCUUAUUAAUUUUGUCACAUUUUGGUAGUUUUCUAAGAUAUGAGCUAUCGGUGGUGGUGAGCAGCCUGCCCUCAGCAUGUCAAUUAGAAACACACACUCUGGUCUCUGCUCCCACUCACAAAAAAACAGUAUAAAACUUGCAUGAAUUUGAUUUUCCCAGAGAGCCUUGGAACCCUGGAAACAAGUUAAAGGUACUUUGGAAAACGUAGAGUUUUGUCCCUCUCCUAAGUUAGCGACAAAUACUUCAACCACAUAAUUAAAGUUUUCCUCACAAAAUAGGGGAAUGUGAGCACACAUUGGCAGGAAUCCAAAAUUCUAAUUUCUGACUAUGAUUUAAUUUCAAUUUUAAAUAAAUCGGUUUUUAAUUUAAAAAGAGUGAGCUUCAUAACAUUAGCAAUGAUUGCAACAUUAAGCCCAGUGUUCACAA